UCCAAACAAGGCACAGAGAGAGAUAGAGAGAGAGAGAGAGAGAGUCAAAAUGGCGAAGAAGGUGGAGAGCAGUGAGAGAGGUUUGAGAUGGUCUCUCGCCGGAAUGACCGCUCUCGUCACCGGCGGCACUCGCGGCAUCGGGCACGAUGUUGUGGAGGAACUAGCCGAUAAAGGGGCGAUCGUGCACACCUGUUCUCGCAACGAAUCCGAGCUCAGUCGUUGCUUGCAGGAAUGGUCCGCCAAGGGUUUCACGGUCACCGGUUCGGUCUGCGAUGUAUCGUCUCGGCCUCAAAGAGAGAAGAUGUUGGAUGAAGUCUCUUCUCUCUUCAAUGGCAAGCUCAAUAUCCUUGUAAGUCACUCUAGAUUAAAACUAAUGCUGUGUUUGUAUCAUGUUGGGCUUUCGGAUAGGGAGGAAGAUGUGGUGGUUUGGAAUGUGGUGGGUACCAAAGGUUCAGCAAAAGAAGGUUUGGGAGAUGCUGUGAUGGUAGGUUUUAACAUUUGA